AUGACAGAAAUACAGGAUGAAAAUCAUCAAAUCAAUAUCACCAUGACGAUGACCCUCGCCAACAACAGCAUCCUCCUUCCAUCUGACCAGAGUACAAUCCAGCCUCCAACCCCCUCAGAUUUAGAUGCCAUUGACAUCCUUAAUAACUAUGGACUUCCAACAGUGUGUUUGUUUGGAAUUGUGGGAAAUAUCUUAAACCUUACUAUUCUAACUCGACGAAAACUCCGCCGUUCAUUACGGACAGUAGAACAAGCUGCUAACUUGUGCCUCAUAUCUUUAGCUCUCUCCGAUUUCUUAUUCUGUUUGUUUGCUUUCCCGACCACGUUCUUACCCAGUGAUCACUACACGGAGAAAGGCUUUAUUCUGUAUUACGGGCAGUAUUCCCCCGCAAUCAUCAACGUCUUCAUCCUCACCAGCACCUGGCUUACUGUUACUAUGGCAACAGAGAGAUACAUUGCGAUUUGUCACCCACUGAACCAAACCUUAUUGAUGACCUUAAGAAAGACAAAGUUAAUAAUAAUCAUUGUGUAUGUUUUAUCUGCGUUGUUUAAUGUCCCAGUGCUUUGGAGAAAUCAAGUCAUUGAGACUGUGACUGGUAACAACACGGUUGUCUACUCCCUGAAAAUCAUACCAUUGGGACAUGAUACAAUGAAGGAUACCACAUACCGAGUAGUAUGGGCAAUAGUUGGGAACUUUAUACCUCUUAUUUUAUUGGUGGGCUUCAACAUCUGUAUCUGUCGUAAGAUACAUCAGUCCUACUUAUAUCGCAAGAAAUUUCACUAUGACCAGGCUUCUUCCCAAGAUACAAAUGUGACGCUAACAACGACGCUUAUUGUCAUUGUGGUGAUGUUCCUUAUCCUGGUGGCGCCCUCAGAAAUUGUCCUCCAUAUUGCAAGCAUACUUCACACCGAGAAUUACAGGUCGAUUGAAGCCGUCAUGAACUUCAUGCAGUCUGUUAAUUUUUCAGUGAAUUUUAUUUUAUACUGUAUAAUUAGUUCUUACUUUCGUAAGACCUUACGACAUAUUGUGUGCUGCUACUGGCGGAACCACAGAAGAGAUUCGUAUAGACUCAGCAUGAAAGAAAGCAAGGUUCCACUUCAAAAUAUUAACGAUGGAUCGUAAGAAAAACUGUGAUUAAUUAAAACCAGAAAUUGUCCUGCUAAAGGAGGUCUUCAAAGCUCAAUAUCUUGGACAAUUCUUGCUCUGAUUGGACAACUCUAGUUCUUCAAACUUUCAAUCAAACACUUCUUACUGUUGUAACUAACAGUGCUGAAACCAUGAACAAACUCUGUUACCAAACUUUUUUUAAUACUUUGUUAA